GUUUAAUUUUAUCGAAUAAAGCGAUGAAAACAAUAACUGCUCAAUGUUUUCGUACCAGAAAGACAUUAAGGUUAUGUUUUGCAUGAAGGUUGUAAAUACAAGUUGAAUCCAUUUGUCGGAAAAAUUGCAAAUUGAAGAAAAAUGAAUAAAUUACUCACGGCGUCGAUAAAAGAAGUAAGUCAGAAAAUACAUGCCGGUGAUGUGUGCCCUUCCGAGAUUGCAAAAGCAGCUGUCAAAUUAACAACAAUUAUUAAACCACUAAAUGCUUAUAUUACUGUGACUGAUGAUACAGCAAAAGAACAAGCUAAGAAAUCAGUCGCGAGACAGAAAAAUAAUGCACUAUUGGGGAAGCUCGAUGGAAUCCCUGUUGCACUUAAAGAUAAUUAUUGUACAAAUGGUUACCUAACUAGUUGCGCAUCCAAGAUGCUUUCAAAUUUUUUUCCUGUAUACGAUGCAACCGUGUAUCAACGUUUAAAAGAUUCUGGAGCAGUUUUAAUUGGCAAAACUAACCUUGAUGAAUUUGCUAUGGGUUCUGGGACUGUUAAUUCAUAUUAUGGUCCAACAAAGAACUUGUGGAAUUCAGCUGUUACAGAAAAAUAUUAUUCGUGUAAUCAUUGCCAAAAGGAACAUACAAGAGAAUCUUCUAAUGAAAAUUUAUGGCAUAUAGCAGGUGGAAGUAGUGGCGGUUCUGCAGUGGCUGUUGCUACUGGAACCUGUUACGCCGCAUUGGGUUCAGACACUGGUGGAUCUACUAGAAAUCCAGCAUCAUACUGUGGCCUUGUUGGAUUAAAACCUACUUAUGGAUUAGUGUCACGCUAUGGACUUAUUCCGCUUGUAAAUUCUAUGGAUGUUCCUGGUAUUCUAACAAGAUACAUCGAUGAUGCAGCAUUCGUUCUAAAUGCUAUAGCUGGUCCGGAUGAAGCUGAUUCUACCACUGUACGAACAGAAUAUGUGCCACUCAAUUUACCAAACACAAUAGAUAUUAGUAACCUUAGAAUUGGGAUACCAAAAGAGUAUAAACUUAAAAAUAUAAGUCCAAAUAUUCAAGAAUGUUGGGACAAAGUUUCUCAGUAUUUGAGAGAAGCUGGUGCAUCAGUUUCUACGGUAUCAAUGCCGCACACAAGUUAUUCUAUAUCUUGUUAUGCAGUCCUGAAUCGUUGCGACGUUGCUAGUAAUCUAGCUUGCUAUGAUGGUAUGCAGUAUGGUUAUAGAGCGGACGAGUGGAGUUCCGUCGAAGAAUCUUACACGAAAACUAGAACAGAAGGAUUUGGCAAUGUAGUUAAGGAGCGUAUUUUAAUUGGAAAUUAUUUCUUAUUAAAAGAAAAUUAUGAAGAAUAUUAUGUGAAAGCUAUGAAGAUGAGAAGACUAAUAUCCAAUGAUUUUGAUGCAGUAUGGAACAAUAACAUUGAUCUUUUACUUACUCCUACCACUUUGUCAGAAGCACCAAAUUCCAAUGAAUUUGUUACAUUGGAUAAUCAAACACAGUGUUUACUUCAAGAUUAUUGUACACAAUCUGCUAAUAUGGCAGGCAUACCAGCAAUCAAUGUGCCGAUUGAACUUUCCAAAAAUGGGUUACCUUUAUCUUUGCAACUUAUGGCACCACCUUUCCACGAGGAAAGACUUCUUACGGUAGCAAAGUGGAUUGAACAAAAAGUGAAGUUUCCAAGAUUAGAACUAAAACAUGUGCCCCUGCUUGAAUAAAGCACUUUAUACGAAUGUUGUUUUAUUUUAUAUUUAUAAGACAGUAUUUUAUUAUUGUGCUAAUUUAGUCAACAAGUACUGUGAUAUAAAAACACCGAUUAGCUGUAUCAAAUUAAUAACAUUGUUCAACAAAUUAAAACUU